UUGCCGCAGAGGACUCCCUACUCCGAAGUUCACACAGUUAUCUGAGGCGAAAUAAUUGCAGUGGCUUGACUUGACUUUUCUCUGCACCAGCAGAUGUGUCUCCUGUCAUGGUAAGUGAGAGGCAAAAUGGCAGUGUGCUAGUGCAUCUCGGACUCAAGCUGCAGGCCUAUCCUGAGGAGUUAAUCCGGCAGCGCCAUGGUCAAAAUGGAUAUACUGAAUACCUGAUUCGCUGGAAUGUCCUCAGCUUGGAGGAUGGUACAGGAAGCAGUACUGGUGCCUCUUCUGCAGAGGACAAAACAGAGAAUGUCCUGAUGUGGAUGUCAGCAGAUGAUGCUUAUGCAAACUGUCCCACACUACUUGGUACAAGAAAGUGCAAAGAGGAGCAGAAGGGGAAAGUAUCAUUCCCUCCUGAUGUCCCACUGGAUGAUGCCUCUUUUUUGGAUAUGAAGGCUGAUGUGAGGAAGCUGGUGCUGCGGGCUACUGAACAGAUGGUCAGCACUACAGUCCCUCAGCCCUCCAUCCUCAAUACCAUCCAUGUGCUCAGUUCCUAUGCCAGUAUUGGCUCACUGACAGGUGUCUUUAAAGAGUCGGGUGCCUUGGAUCUGCUAAUGAAGAUGCUGUGCAAUGAGGAGAAGCAAAUCCGCCACAGUGCUGGCAAGAUGCUGAGGGCUUUGGCUUCACAUGAUGCAGGUAGCCGAGCCUAUGUUCUCUUGUCCCUGAGCCAGCAGGAUGGCAUUGAAGAGCACAUGGAUUUUGACAGUUGCUACACUCUCCUUGAGCUGUUUGCAGAGACAACAUCCUCAGAAGAACACUGUACAUCCUUUGAAGGGAUCCAGCUUCCUCAGAUUCCAGGGAAACUGCUCUUUUCUCUAGUCAAGCGGUAUCUGUGUGUCACCUCCCUCAUGGGCAAGCUGAACAUCACCACAGAGCCAGGAGGGGACGAUAUAGACUCUGUGCCUUCCCUUUCAAAUUGUAGGGGACAGAAGAGAAUGCAAUGUGAGUUUGACUUCAGCAUGGCCAUGGGCCAUCUCAUUUCAGAGUUGGUGCAGGUGAUGGGCUGGGACUAUAACCAGGAGCACAAAGAAAGGCGACCUCGAGUUGCUCAGUCUAUCUUCCAGCUCCAGGUUCUUCCCACCUAUGCCACCAUCCAGUCAGCUACACACCUGCCCCAGAAAGAGAUCAGUACCUUCAAGACUCGCUCUGCCUUUCCGAGUUGCAGUGGCUAUGCGGAAUAUAUGAAAGAAAAGCUGGUGCGUGGUAUGCGUGUGCGCAUGUUGGAAGACUAUGAAAAAGUCUGCGCGGGAGAUGAGGGCGAGUUCCUUCACAGCAAUAAUGGCACCCCACCUGUUCAGGUUCACUGGGAGUCUCUGGGCUAUACAUAUUGGGUUCAUUGGCACAUGAUUGAGAUUAUUGAUGCAUCGGAUCAGGCAGAGCUGAAGGCCCAGGAGAAAGUGUCCAGCCUUACAAAGACUCUGAGGAAGGAUAUAGCUUCAGUUAACCCCACAUUGUACCAUAAGCCACUUUUGAGGCUGUGCUCCCUGCCAUACCUGACAGAUUGGACGAGCGAGAAGUUUGGGACUCUGCACAGGGCCGAAUGGUGGGAGCUUCUCUUCUUCAUUAAGAAAGUAGAGCCUCAGAAGCAACAGGAAAUUAUUCGGUUCAUCCAGCAGAACCAGAAGCUGUCAGAGCUAAAUGAAGAAGGCCUGAUCCAGCUGUCUGUGUCAGCAGAGCUGGCCCAGAAAGUGCUGCAGCUUCUGAGUCAGCAGUCCCCAGGAUGCACCAAACGUGGCCUGCAAUGUUCCCAUGUCUAUCUCAAGUACGGCUUCAGCAAGGGACAGGCAGAUCAGAACUGGCAAAAUGGGAGUAAGACUCCUGGGGCGUCUGGUGCCAUGGCGUCCCAAAAGCCAAAGGAAUCAUCCUCUGCAGAAGAAGCUCUCCCAGUUCCAUCUACGGUGAAGAAAACAGACACACAACUGAAUGAGGAGCUUUUCAAACUGGAAGAACUUCCCUUCCCAGAAACGCUGGAUGAGAAGGCCAAAGCUUUCUUCAGUGUGAAAAUGGGAGGGAAGAAGAGCACUUUGGAGCAGCUGGCAGAGGUCGUGGAGGUGAUUCAGAAGUCCAGUUGUGGCGUGUUGCUGAAGGUGGCUGGUCUCAGAUUCAUCACUGAGAUCUUAGAAGAGGAGCCUGGGCAACAGAAACAGCUCAUCAAAGCAGAGAAUGAACUUGCCAUCAGGGAGAAAACAAUCAAGAUGCUGGUGGAGCUGCUGGACUGCAGAGUGCAGAAACUGCUGAUAGUGUUGGUGCUGCGGGUGCUGUAUGUGCUGCUGGCCAAAUAUGACUGGCGGAUAUUCUUUGCCACCAAAGGCGGGUUGCAGGCCAUGCUACGCUGCAUGCUGGAGUACCCCAUAUCAGCGCUGGUGCAGCAAACCAGUCUGGUAGUGCUGAAGGUACUGUUGGGUGUCGGAAACUGUGAGCUACCAGGUGCCAGUGGGAAGGCCUGCCCUCUGAACCACUCUGAGGCCCAGAUGAUGCGGGAGAUCUUUGCCAGCAUUGGCUCUGCUUCCAGCAAAGACUCUGACAACUUGCUUUGUGCCAUCCCUGCUGCUGUUCAGAAGAUGUUGGAUACAUCUGGGGCUUCUUCAGCCGUCCAGAAUGGGCUCUUGGUGUUGAACAUGCUGAUCAACAAUCACAAGGGCCUGGCAGAGCAACUGGGAAACUCUGACCUCCACUCAGUCUUGCAAAACUGCUGCCGCUCAGGCCAGAGCUCCAAUGAGAUGCUGGCUCGAAUAGUGCUCAACCGCCUGGCUAAGCACAAACUGCCCCGGAGCCAGGAGAACGCAGACUCUGCAGCCUUCAUCAAGCUCAAGGAGACUGAAAUUGCAAAACUGCUGAGCAGCCUGCAUGAGAGCAGCAUCUCCAGGGAGAUGGUGGUGGUGCUGGAGCGCUGUCUGCAUGGCAUGGGUGCCUGCCCUGAAGAAAGCAAUUAUGAAUUUUUCACGGAGGUGUUGCUUCUCAGAGACUUGGCCCAAGUGGCAUCUGAGAAAGAUGUAAUGCUGGGAGCACUAAAGCUUUUAGGCAACUGUUUGGAUAGUCCAUGGUGGGAUAAAGUGCCCUGGCAUGAAUGCAUCGAGCCAUGUUUGUCUUCCAUGAGUGCCCACAUAAAUGACAGACAGAUUGCUCAGGGGUUCAUCAGCUUCCUCUACUGCCUCGUUACCCUGGACAAAGAUUGUGCCGUCAUGUUGUGCUGUCUGGGUGCUAAGGAAGCCUUGACUAAAGUCCUGGAGAAACACAGCUCCAAUGUGCUGCUGGGGAUGAAACUGAGGGACCUGGUGAUCAGCUGUGAGAAAUAUGCCAGCCUGUAUAAGAAGAUGACAUCCAGUAUCUUAGCUGGCUGCAUCCAGAUAGCUAUGGAUCAGAUAGAAGAACACAGGCGGAGCCAUCAGCCUAUCACCAUCCCACUCUUUGACAAAUUCCUGGGUAACCUUUGUGAAGGCUGCAGCUCGGAGAUAAAGGAGGACAAGUGUUGGGAGAGAGUGGAAGUUUCCUCCAACCCCCACCAGGCCAGCAAGUUGGUGGACAGAAACCCCCAAACCUACUGGGAAUCAAAUGGCAGCACCAGCUCCCACUACAUUAAUGUCUAUUUGCAUCGUGGAGUCAUAGUCCAGAAGAUGUCUUUGUUGGUGGCCAGUGAGGAUUCCAGCUACAUGCCAGCCCGCAUUAUGGUCAUGGGAGGGGAGAGCGCCUCUAGUAUCAGCACCAAGCUCAAUAUGGUGAAUGUCCCACCAACAGCUAGCAGAGUGACCCUCUUGGAGAACAUGAGUUGCUUCUGGCCAGUCAUACAGAUUAAGAUCAAGCGCUGUCAGCAGGGUGGGAUUGACACCCGUGUGCGUGGCAUUGAGGUGCUGGGCCCCAAGCCCACUUUCUGGCCAAUCUUCAAGGAGCAGCUGUGCCGGCGCACGUUCCUCUUCUACACCACCAAAGCCCACACCUGGUGCCAGGAAAUCGCAGAAGACCGGAGGCAGCUGCUGCAGCUCUUCAACAGGCUGAACAGUGCUCUGCACCAUGAACAAGACUUUGCCGAUCGCUUCCUUCCUGAUGAUGAGGCUGCUCAGGCCCUGGGCAAGACCUGCUGGGAUGCUCUAAUCACCCCCUUGGUGCAGAGUAUCACCUCUCCAGACCCCAGUGGCAUCAGCCCCCUGUCAUGGCUUCUGAGCCAAUAUCUGGAGAACUUGAAGGCAGCCGCAAGGGCCAAGAAACAAGCCGCCAUUUUCAACUCUCGCGUGCGGCGACUGAGCCACCUGCUGGUGCACGUGGACUCCAGUAGCCCUGAGACUGAGGAGCUGAAGGCCCCUGUAAAAUCCAAUGGGAAGAAUGGGAAGAGCAAGGAGUCGAGUUCUGGGGCUGCCAAGCCAGUGGAGAAGAAGCCCAGCAGCACAACCGGCAUCACGCAGUGCUGGAAAGGGGUGGUCCAGCAGCAGGUGAAGCGGUUCCUGGAAUCCUCCUGGCAGGACCCUGACUUUGUGGAGCAAUACUGCAACAUCUACCUGCGCCUGCGCACUGCCAUGGAGGAGCUUUUUGGGCAGCAGAUGUGCUUCAUGCUUGCCCUGCGGCAGGGCUUCUCGGGAGGGCUGCUGCAGCUCUCCUUCCUGACGGCCAUGCACGUGAGUGAGCAGUUUGCCCGUUACAUCGAUGUGUGGAUCCAGAAGAGCUGGGCAGACUCGGGCAACGUGGAGACCCUGCAGCGCCUGCAGCGGAGCCUGGAGCCUGUUCUCUUCCUGUCCGGUCUGGAACUGACCAACACCUUUGAGCAUUUCUACCGGUACUACCUGGGCGACCGGUUGCUGUCCCAGGGCAAGACGUGGCUGGAGAGCGCUGUGGUGGAGCACAUCGGGCUCUGCUUCCCCAACCGUUUCCCCCAGCAGAUGCUGAAGAACCUGAGUGAGCUGGAGGAGGAGCAGCAGCAGUUCCAUCUCUUCCAGCUGCAGCAGCUGGACAAACAUCUACUGGAACUGGAUCAGGAUGGGAAAUACGAGGAGGAGGAGGAGGGGGGAGAGGUAAUGGAGGAGGAGCCAAACAGUCAGGAGGAAGAGCCGGAGGUGAAAGUGCUGGCUUUGUCUCCCCGCUGCUGGACCAUCUCCCCGCUCUGCUACCUGGAGGAGCCGGCCAGAUUUUUCCCACCAUCUCUCAGUCAGCACUUGGGCAGGUUUGCUGACUUCUAUACCCAGAGUCAGAGCCGUUUUGGGCUGGAGCACACAAAGCCACGGCGCUUACAGUGGACAUGGCUAGGCCAUGCUGAGCUGCAGUACCAGGGCUGCAUCCUGCACGUGUCCACCCUGCAGAUGUACAUCCUUCUGUGCUUCAACAGUGCUGAGGAGGUUCUUAUGGAAACAUUAUUACAAGCUACAGGUCUUUCCCUGACCCUCCUGGGUCAUGCACUGAAACCUCUGGUGGAGAAGGAGCUCCUGACCCAGAAUCAGGGUGUGUUGAGACUGCAUGAGAAAAUGCUGGCCCAGUAUUCUGACCAACACUUGGCUCUGCUGCCAAAACAGACGUACUUGAAUGUGAUGGAGAAUGAAGGUAGCACUUUGGAGAAGAGAAGGAAUUUCAUCUGUGGCCUGAUUAUUCAGAUCCUCAAAGAAGAGAAGGCAAUGCACAUCCACAGGCUCGUGUUCAGGGUGAUACAUGACUGCCAGAAAUUGGACUCUGACUCGGCACCAAAGUUCUUGAGCCACUGUAGCAACAGCACAGAUGUCCUGGCUUGCAUUCUGCAUCUGCUGAAGCAGGGCUCCAUCCAGCACCAGGACAACAGGCCACAGCUCCUGGAGUACAUCUCCCCAGAUCUCCCACCCCCAGCAUUGCCAAAGACCCAGUCUCAAGUAGCAUUUCAGACCGUCCAGAUCAAGAAAGUGCCCAGUGUGCCCCACGUGGAGAAGAGACACACUUUCUCUACCUUCAGGUAGAACUGGCUGCUAGCCUGCUUUUGUGGGCCUGAGAGUG